AUGGGUAAAGUUUCUGAGCUCCGACCUUCGGCAUGUCUGCCUGUGAUACAGUUUUUAAUUGUGCUGUCAUCCGCAGCUUUAGGAUUGUGUUGUUUAGAAGACGUUCAUCCAGGGACUUGUACUUGUACACCUUUUGGCGAUAGUCGAACUAUCGUGAAGUGCUCUGGAAUUACACAGGUGCCUGAUGAUUUGCCAUCGAAUACAGUGAUAUUGAAUCUUUCAGGUAAUCAUCUGACGUCUAUCAAAGAGGAUGCUUUCACAAACCUGACGUCGCUUAAGAAUGUAGAUCUUUCGUGGAACGAUUUGAGGUCAGUUCCAAAGAACACCUUUCGAAAUUUGACGCUGCUUGAGACAAUAAAUAUCAACAACAACUUUAUCCAAGGUGGAUUUUAUCUUCCAAAAAACUCGGCAAUAGUCUUAGUACGCUUUAAUAGACUAUCUUUGAUUGACCUGAAACUUAUUUUGAAACAUUCUAAGAGAAUCAAAAAUUUAGAUAUAACUGGAAAUCCAAUCGGACCUAACUUGACAGUGGACACUUUUGAAGGCUGUGAAAGUAUGAUCUUUCUAUGUUUGAGAAAAUGUGGACUAAAGCAUAUUGAGAGCGGAACCUUUAAAUCGAUGGAGCAAUUAGCUGACCUGGAUCUGCAUAACAAUUCUCUUUCAACGAUUCUUGAUGGAACAUUCAGUCGUUUCAAGAGCCUCUCUUCUUUACUUCUGAAAACCAACAAGUUAACAUCUGUGCCAGAUUUAACUGGCCUCACUAGUUUGAUUAAGUUAGACAUGGAACGUAACAAAAUCAAGGACAUAUCACGACUCAACAGCGCAACCUCAAAAGUCGUGAAAGACCUGUUAUUGGGAAAUAAUGACAUCAAAGAGCUACCAACCGAUAUCUUUCAGAACUUACCCGUCGCAUACACUUUGGAUUUGUCCUUCAAUAAUCUCCAGUUCAUACCACAUGAGGCGUUUUCUGGGUGCAAGCAGUUAGUUCGGUUGGCGUUAAGUUACAAUUACAUCUCAGAAAUCAGCCGCCGCUCAUUCGCUGGGCUCAAAAAUCUGCGCAUGUUUCUCUAUACGUACAUAAUGUAUAUACUAUUAAUAAUCAUCGUGCCACAAUCUUUUACUUCUUUUAACAUUAGGUCGCUCGUAAACAACAGUCUGGCUUUCAUUCCUGAAAACACUUUUGCUGACACUCCGUUACAAAUUUUGUUCCUUCACGGAAACAGAAUCAAAGAUGUUGAUAGCAACGGUUUUCGAGGCCUCAGUGACCUUAAAUCGAUGACACUAUUUGACAAUCCCCUAAAAUUUCUUCCAAGACAGAUGUUCAUGGGAAUUAAUACAAAUGCUACAUUGGCUGUUUCAUGUAAAAACCUUCGAAAGAUUCCACGAGGGAAGUCUACUUUUCCUUUAAUCGAAUGUGCUCCGUCAGCUACCUUCCACGUAGUCCUCUGCAAUGAUGAAAUUGGGUUUGUAAUGAGGGGACUCAUAGGUUUUAUGUGCCGAAAAUACAGGCACGGUCCUUUACGCAGGUGCUAUAACUGCAGUUUUUGCUCGGUGGGUACCUAUUAUCCGACAGUUGACUCACACACCAAUUGUUUAAAGUGUCCCGCAGGAGGCUUUUAUCAAGAUGAGAUGGGUCAAUAUGGAUGCAAGAUUUGCAGCACGGGUACCUAUGUUCCUGAGGAACAGCAUCCUGGAAAAAGUCCUAAUGACUGUCGCGCAUGCCCAUACGGUACUAGAACUAAUGAAACCGCUGGUUACCGUGCAUGUCGAUGCCUUCAUAAAUUCUACCGCUUGAAUCGUUUUGGUCCCUGCAAAUCGUGUCCAUAUCAUGGAAUGAACUGUGAGGAUGAUACGGCAAUAUUAGCACCAAAUUACUUUUGGAAAUGGAACAGCUCCGAAAAAAUGGAAUUUUACUUAAGUUUCGUCCACAACAUUCAUAUUACCACAGCUAAAUACAAUAAAACCUUCUCCAUUUUUGAAGGACAGUUGCCAAAGCCUCUGAAGUGCCCUUAUCCAGACUCAUGUAAGGGCGGAAUAAACUCAAAGUGUAACACUGGCUACCAGGGUACCCUCUGUGCGGCAUGUUCCUCGUACCAUUAUCUUAGAUUCAACAGAUGUUUAAAAUGUUAA